AUGGCGAACGACAAGCAGGCCGCUGAUCUCAAUGCGAUGAUCAAGCAGCACCGCGAGAAGAACCGUCCACAGAUCCUGGCAGACAAGAUCUUCUCCAAAGAGAGGCGCUCCAAGACUCCCGUCAACGCGUCCCAAGGCAAAGGCAAACCUGCAGCUGCACCUGGCGGCAGUCUUGCUAGUCGCAUCGGCGCCGCGGGCGUGACCAAGCGCACGUCGUCCACCUCGUCCGUCACUCGCUCAAACACGGCCCCACCGCGCAACGGACGUCCUCCACCACAAGCUCGACCACUACCACCGACUCGACCAUCAGCACCUCAAGCUCCACGCGCACGAGAUCUUACCGCUCGGCAGCCUGCUUCUGAUCCACCCUCCGAUGUUAGGAGCAAUGGAUAUAACGGAUACGACGCACCUGUUGCGAAUGGCAACGGCGCGAGCAUGAGCAUCAGAGGCGCGGCUGGUCCCUUUGUGGUUCUGGCUGCAAACUUCGCGCCAGGCACCACGGCGGCCGACAUAGAAAGCGUCAUGCAAGAGAUUGGCGGAGAGUGCUCCUGCAAAAUUCUGGAGCUUCGGCCAGACGUGCUCGCACAGAUGACCUUCACCGACAGAAUUGGCGCUGAGAAGGUGAUCAGCACAUUCAACGGAAAGAAGGCUGAUGGCCGCACGUUGCACGUCUACUGGAGCGGAUCUGCAGUAACACAACCCGAAGCAGAUGUCGAAGUUCCCGUCGAUGCGGUCAUGGACGAUAGCAUGGAGGUCGAUGAGAAUGCACAAUCACGAGAGGCCCAGGACCGCCUGCGCGAAGAGCGUCGCGGAGGUCCAGACCGUCGGCCACGAGAUGACUACCCCGCUGGACCUCGAGACAAUCGUGGCUAUAUGGACCACUACUAUCGUGGACCAAGGCGACAAGAUGGUCUGUUCCAGGACGGACGCCAAGACGGGCGAUACGGCUACCAAGGCGACCGCUUCGGUGGUGGUGGGCCGAGGGGCAGAUACCGUGAUGAAGGCCGGAUGUACUCUGAUGGCAUGAGGCGCGGGGGCGGCGGUGGUCAGAGCUACAGGCCAUAG